AUCUGCUCAAGAAGAUCCAUCACUCAAGAGAGAGAGAGAGAGAGGCUCGCACGCCCUGCGCUUCUGCGCCUUUCAGUUCGCUCCACCUUCGAUCACAGCCAGUCGGAUCCCACUAUGGCUACCGCCAUUUCCACCGUCGGAGCUGUUAACAGAGCACCGUUGAGCUUGCACAGCUCUGGUGCUGGAACUUCAGUCCCGAGCUCGGCAUUCUUGGGCAGCAGCUUGAAGAAGGUGAGUUCCAGUUUCACCCACACGAAGAUCUCAUCGGGAAGUUUCAAGGUGGUUGCCGAAAUCGACGAGGGCAAACAGACUAACAAGGACAAAUGGAAGGGGUUGGCCUACGACACCUCAGACGACCAACAAGACAUCACCAGAGGGAAGGGAAUGGUGGACUCUCUCUUCCAAGCUCCCACGGGAAGUGGAACCCACUACGCUGUCUUGAGUUCAUACGAGUACCUCAGCACUGGUCUUCGCACAUACUUGGACAACAACAUGGAUGGCUUCUACAUCGCUCCUUCUUUCAUGGACAAGCUUGUCGUUCACAUCACCAAGAACUUCAUGUCCUUGCCCAACAUCAAGGUUCCUCUCAUCCUGGGUAUCUGGGGAGGCAAAGGUCAGGGGAAAUCUUUCCAGUGUGAACUCGUCUUUGCCAAGAUGGGAAUCAGUCCAAUUAUGAUGAGCGCCGGAGAAUUGGAAAGUGGGAACGCCGGAGAACCAGCAAAGUUGAUCAGGCAGAGAUACCGUGAGGCAGCAGACAUAAUCAGGAAGGGAAAGAUGUGCUGCCUCUUCAUCAACGAUCUUGACGCGGGAGCUGGUAGGAUGGGUGGAACCACUCAAUACACAGUGAACAACCAGAUGGUGAACGCCACUCUAAUGAACAUCGCUGACAACCCAACAAGCGUGCAGCUCCCAGGGAUGUACAACAAGGAGGAGAACCCCCGUGUCCCCAUCAUCGUCACUGGUAACGACUUCUCCACACUCUAUGCCCCUCUCAUCCGUGAUGGGCGUAUGGAGAAGUUCUACUGGGCUCCCACCAGAGACGAUCGCAUCGGUGUCUGCACUGGUAUCUUCAAGAGCGACAAUGUUCCCCAAGAAGAUGUCAUCAAGAUCGUCGACACCUUCCCUGGCCAAUCAAUCGAUUUCUUUGGGGCUCUGAGGGCGAGAGUGUACGACGAUGAGGUGAGGAAGUGGAUAUCAGGUGUUGGAGUGGACACCAUCGGGAAGAAGUUGGUGAACUCCAAGGAAGGACCUCCAACCUUCGAACAGCCUAAGAUGACUCUGGAGAAGCUACUCGAGUAUGGUAACAUGCUGGUCCAAGAGCAGGAGAAUGUCAAGAGAGUGCAGUUAGCCGACAAGUAUUUGAGCGAGGCUGCCCUGGGAGAAGCCAACUCGGAUGCCAUUGACAGAGGAACUUUCUAUGGCAAAGCCGCCCAACAAGUGAACGUUCCAGUCCCAGAAGGUUGCACCGACCCUAAUGCAACAAACUUUGAUCCCACAGCAAGGAGCGACAAUGGUAGCUGCUCGUACCAACUCUAAGGGUCUUCUUGCUUUUGUAAGAAAUUAGGAACUGUGCCUCAAUGCCUAUGCUCAAGGAAGGAUAAUAAAACGUUUAUGUUUCCUAAGCAAACGAGAAACAGUCGGAUAAUUUAUAUAUAAAUCAAAAUCUCUGUUGUCUAAAAUUAGUUAUCAUGUAAUUUUGAUUUGUAAUGUAUACUUUUGCUCAGUUUUAAACU